UGGUGUGCCAUAGAAGAUACAUAGAGAUUUAACUAAAUCAUGAAUCCACACAAGGGAAAAAAGGCAAAACCAAAAACAAGUGCACGCCCCUUUGCUUUCCACACUUGAUACCUCAACUAUAUAGGUAACCACCUAUGGUUUCUGUGCUCCUUCAACCCCUUCUUCUAUAUAAAAGCACAUACCCACAAUACAAUAAUAUACCAUAUAUUGUAUUAUAUACAUACUGAUGCCAAUGUCACCAAAUGGAGGCCACCACCAGCCACUCCUCCCUCUAACCUGUCUCACCAACUCACAUCUAGAAGCAAUUAGGGUCACUCCCCUCUCUUUCUCUCUCUCUUCUCUUUCUUUCUCUCUCCGGGCUGAGAGUCAAAAGCCUAUAAAACCCAAUCUCAAGCCAUCACAAGGGCCGGCCUUGGUGUUUCAGCAACUCUGAAAAAAUAAUUAAGGAAAAAGAUUUGUUUGCUUUGGUUGUCUGGUUUUUGUUUUUGUUUUUUAUUUUUUGAGUAUGUGAAUUGAAUUGGGUUGAACCACCAUCAGCAGGAGGAUCGCUAGUGGCAAUAAAAGCUAGCGAAGCAGCUAGCUGUGGAGAGUGGGUUGUGGUGGUUUUGGAAUUGUGGCGGAGUAAAUGGGGAGGUCUCCUUGCUGCGAGAAGGCUCACACCAACAAGGGCGCGUGGACCAAGGAGGAGGACGACCGGCUCAUCGCUUACAUCCGCGCCCACGGCGAGGGCUGCUGGCGGUCCCUACCCAAGGCCGCCGGCCUCCUCCGCUGCGGCAAGAGCUGCCGUCUCCGCUGGAUCAACUACCUACGCCCGGACCUCAAGCGCGGGAACUUUACGGAAGAGGAAGACGAGCUAAUCAUCAAAUUGCACAGCCUCCUCGGCAACAAAUGGUCUCUGAUCGCCGGGAGACUACCGGGAAGAACGGACAACGAGAUUAAGAAUUACUGGAACACCCACAUAAGAAGGAAGCUUCUGAACAGGGGAAUCGACCCCGCCACUCACCGGCCGAUCAACGAGCCGUCGCCGGAGGUGACGACGAUCUCUUUCGCGAGCGUGAAAGAGGAAGAGAAGACUGCGCCGGCGGUCACGGGGCCGGUCAUAGAGCGAUGCCCGGAUUUAAACCUGGAGCUGAGAAUUAGCCCGCCAUACCAGGGAGGGUCCCCGGAGAAGGCACUGAAGACGGGAGGGAGAGGGCUCUGUUUUGCUUGCAGUUUGGGAGUGCAGAACAGCAAGGAGUGCUGUUGCAGCGGCAAUGGCGGCAGCAGCAGCGGCGGGAAUAGAGGCGGAGGGUACGAUUUCUUGGGAUUGAAAGGGAGCAUGUUGGAUUACCGAAGCUUGGAAAUGAAAUGAGAUGGGAAUUGAAAUGGGUUCGGAUUUGAAUUUGUGUAGCAGAAACUAAUUAAACGAAAUGGGGAGGAAAAUUUGAGCGAAGAAGAGAUUGAUAUUAGUUGAAAAAUCUCUCUAAUAUUCUCUCUGUUUUUUUCUUUUCUUUUCUCUUCUUUUUCGUUUUUGGGUCCCUAAUCUGUGUAACUAUUCAUGGAUAUUAGUAUAGUGAUAUAGUACAGAUGACCAUUAGGUUGUUCAUCAAAA